AUGGCACACUUCUCCCAAAUCACCAACAUAGCCGAAUAUGCAGCCUGCAUCAAAGCCACAGCAGGGAAAACUGUUCUACUAGCCUACUGGCCCGAAGACGAAACAACUAAUGAGGUGGCUACUGCCCUGCAAAAACUACUUCCGUCAACAUCCUACGAGCAGUACGACGUGGUCGACAUUUAUUGCUUCGACAUGUAUUCACUGCCAGAGCUAGGCAACAUGUUGGAUGUAAGCUUUGUACCGACGCUGAUGUGGUUCAUGGAUGGUGUCAUGGAUGCCAUCGUCUGGCACGAAGGCUGUGCGAUUGAGGGCGAGAGCGUGGAACAGGGUGUAAAGAGGGUUGUGGAUAGGAUUAAAGGAGGAGAUAUUGCAGGGGAGGACAGCGAUGAUGACUGGUAG